AUGUAUCAGCCAAGCAUGUUCGAGAAUCACCACCAUAUCCUAGAUCAUAUGACGACCAGCAGCACCCACAAAACCUCGGAAAGUACUGAAGUACUAGGAAAGAGCAGACUGCUGGACGAUGAUUUCGAGACCAAAUCCGGCACCGAAACGACUACGGAUGCUCCCUCCGGCGAUGAGCAAGAUCCUAACAACACCGGUCCACGCCCCAAACGAAAACGUUACCAUCGCCACACCCAGCGCCAAAUCCAAGAGAUGGAAGCAUUCUUCAAGGAGUGUCCUCACCCAGACGACAAGCAAAGGAAGGAGCUGAGCCGUGAACUAGGGUUAGAGCCUUUGCAAGUCAAAUUUUGGUUCCAAAACAAGCGCACCCAAAUGAAGGCUCAACAUGAACGCCAUGAGAAUUCAAUUUUGAAAUCAGAGAACGACAAGCUUCGCGCAGAGAACAACAGGUACAAGGAAGCCCUCGGCAAUGCCACAUGCCCCAACUGUGGAGGACCAGCUGCUCUUGGUGAGAUGUCAUUCGAUGAGCAGCAUUUGAGGAUCGAAAAUGCUCGUUUGCGUGAAGAGAUUGAUAGGAUAUCUUCAAUUGCUGCCAAAUAUGUUGGCAAGCCUUUGUCAAGCUCAUUUUCUUCUCACAUUCCACCUCAUGUGCCUUCCCGCUCCCUUGAUCUCGGGGUUGGCAGUUUCGGGGCUCAAUCAGGUUUUGUGGGAGAGAUGUAUGGAUCAUCAAGUGAUCUUCUCAGGUCAGUUUCAGUACCCACCGACGCAGAUAAGCCGAUGAUUGUUGAGCUUGCCGUGGCAGCCAUGGAAGAACUCAUUAGAAUGGCUCAGGCUGGAGAGCCUUUAUGGGUUCCUGGUGACCAUAACUCAUCUCAUAAUCAUGAAAUUUUGAAUGAAGAUGAAUACUUGAGGACGUUUCCUAGGGGAAUUGGCCCCACACCAUUGGGUUUGAAGUCUGAAGCUUCAAGAGAAUCAGCGCUGGUCAUCAUGAAUCACGUUAACCUUGUUGAGAUUCUCAUGGAUGUGAACCAAUGGUCUACUGUCUUUUGUGGUAUUGUUUCAAGAGCAAUGACCCUCGAUAUCCUAUCAACUGGAGUAGCUGGGAACUACAAUGGAGCCUUACAAGUGAUGACAGCUGAGUUCCAAGUGCCCUCGCCACUGGUUCCGACCCGUGAGAAUUACUUUGUAAGGUACUGCAAGCAGCAUGUUGAUGGAACUUGGGCAGUGGUUGAUGUUUCCUUGGACAACCUACGCCCAAGUCCAAUUUCAAGGAGUCGAAGAAGGCCAUCCGGUUGCUUAAUCCAAGAAUUGCCAAAUGGUUACUCCAAGGUUAUAUGGGUGGAACAUGUUGAAGUGGAUGAUAGGUCUGUUCACAACAUAUACAGGCCUCUAGUUAACUCUGGUCUUGCUUUUGGGGCAAAGCGUUGGGUGGCUACACUUGAUAGGCAAUGCGAACGUCUUGCGAGUUCAAUGGCCAGUAACAUUCCUGCUGGAGAUCUCUGUGUGAUAACUAGUCCAGAAGGGAGGAAAAGUAUGCUGAAGCUGGCACAAAGAAUGGUGAUGAGCUUCUGCACUGGUGUGGGUGCUUCUACUGCCCAUGCAUGGACAACAUUAUCAGCAACAGGUUCAGAUGAUGUGAGGGUCAUGACCAGAAAAAGUAUGGAUGAUCCUGGCAGGCCUCCUGGGAUUGUGCUUAGUGCUGCAACUUCCUUCUGGAUUCCAGUCCCUCCCAAGAGAGUUUUUGAUUUCCUGCGAGAUGAGAACUCUCGUACUGAGUGGGAUAUACUUUCAAACGGUGGCCUAGUGCAAGAGAUGGCACAUAUAGCUAAUGGUCGUGAUCCAGGCAACAGUGUCUCCCUACUGAGGGUUAAUAGUGCAAAUUCAAGCCAAAGCAAUAUGCUGAUACUUCAGGAGAGCUGCACAGAUUCAACAGGGUCAUACGUGAUUUAUGCUCCAGUUGAUAUUGUGGCCAUGAAUGUUGUGUUGAGUGGUGGAGAUCCAGAUUAUGUUGCACUUCUGCCAUCUGGUUUUGCCAUCCUACCAGACGGGCCUACUGGGCCCGCAGGAGGAGGAGGAGGAGGAGGAAUUCUUGAUGUUGGGUCUGGUGGGUCCCUACUCACCGUCGCAUUUCAGAUCUUGGUAGAUUCAGUUCCUACUGCCAAACUCUCUCUGGGAUCUGUGGCCACUGUUAACAAUCUAAUUAAGUGCACGGUUGAGCGGAUUAGGGCUGCGGUCACAUGUGAACAGAACGCAUGA